AUGGCGCCGAAUUUCGGCUACGGCGGCCCGUCCGCCUAUGGUGUCCGGAACAGAACCUCUGGGGCGCCAAUGGCAACUAGAAAUGAACCGGCAAGGCCAAUGACGGCUGUCCGAGCGGCCGGCUACACAUCAUUUGCAAAAAAAGGAUUACAAUUGGUAACAACAAAAAUAGAAACUAAGAUUAUGUGCUACUACAUUCUAGAACAGAGGAAAAAUGCAAGGCGAUGGAACAACGCUCUAGACAAAGCGAAGGAAGCAGGACGAAGAGAACGAGCCGUAGUGAAGUUCCGCGAACAACAAAGUGUUGUGGAAUCAAUGAAUAUUGACUUAACAUUCACGGUUCUAUUUAAUUUGGCGCAACAGUACAUGGCGAACGACAUGGCAAACGAGGCAUUAAAUACCUAUCAGAUUAUUGUAAAGAACAAGAUGUUCCAGAAUUCUGGACGACUAAAGGUAAACAUCGGUAAUAUUUACUUCAAGAAAAAGGACUAUAAUAAGGCAAUAAAGUACUACCGUAUGGCGCUAGAUCAGGUGCCGAGUAUUCAAAAGGAGAUCAGAAUAAACAUUCUCAACAAUAUCGGUGUUGCAUUCAUCAAGAUGGGCAAGUACAACGACGCUAUGUCGACUUUCGAGCACUGCGUUGACGAACGAGCCGAUUUCAAAACGGCACUGAACAUGGUAUUAACAGCGUACUGCCUCGAGGAUGCGGAUCGAAUGCGCGAUGGAUUUCAAAAGCUACUCGAUGUGCCGCUCGAUGACGAUGAAGACAACAAGCACAAUGACAAAGACGACGUGCUGAUGGCGCAAGUAUUGAACAACGACUCUCUGCGCCAGUGGACGCGGCGUCAACGAGCCGACGCCGAGAGGGCGAUACUUACGGCUGCGAGGACGAUUAGUCCGGCGAUCGCUUCCGACUUUGCAUCCGGAUAUGAGUGGUGUGUAGAAACGAUUAAGCAGUCGGUUCACGCCUCGUUAGCUAACGAGUUGGAGAUGAGUAAAGCAGCUGAACUGCUUAAAAGAGGAGAUAUAGAAGGAGCUACUGAACAAGGUGGAGAGAAGUUGCAAGAGGCUGAACAGUACUCAGAGCAAUCACUGGCUUUGGAUCACUACAACGCCAACGCGCUGGUAAACGCAGGUGAAAUGAUAGCCUUAUUUAACCGUUACUUGACUUUACAAACUUCAGUUAAGAUUAAAAUUGAAGCGCUCUACAAUAUGGGACUGGUAUGCCGCCAGCUUGGGAAUGUCGAGCAAGCGCUGGAAUUUUUUUAUCGGCUCCAUAAUAUACUUCUCAACAAUGUUCAAGUAUUGUGUCAGCUGGCGUCUAUCUACGAAUCACUGGAAGACACGGCUCAGGCGAUAGAACUGUACAGCCAGGCGAAUAGUCUGGCGCCGUCGGAUCCGGCGAUUCUGGCACGACUCGCUGCUAUCUACGACGCCGAGGGCGACAAGACGCAGGCUUUCCAAAGCAACUACGAUAGCUAUCGGUACUAUCCUUCAAAUCUGAAGGUGAUCGAAUGGAUGGGUGCCUACUACAUCGACGCGCAGUUCUCGGAAAAAGCUGUCAACUACUUCGAGAAGGCCUCAAUUAUGCAGCCAAACGAGAUAAAAUGGCAGCUUAUGAUGGCAUCCUCUCAUCGACGAGCUGGUAACUAUCAAAAGGCGCUCGAACUUUACAGUAGCAUUCAUAAAAAGUUUCCUGCAAAUAUUGAAUGUCUCAAGUUUCUCGUUCGUAUCACCACCGACCUUGGUAUGCCGGAAGCCAAGGACUACAUCGAGAAGUUGGGAAAAGCAGAACGAGUUCGACAGCUGAAGAUGCAACGAGAGUCGGACAGUAGCCAAGGCAAACGACACAGUGCUCGUUCGGCGAACAGCCUACCACCAACACAUGGAGGAUCAGAGUCAGCUGAUUUGACGUACUCGGAUCCGAUAGGAGACGGCACAACUCGUCCGAAGACUGGUCAACACCGCCCGAAAACCAACGACUCAUUUGAGGAGCUUGACGACUCUCUUCUUCCACAAUAA